CUGCGCUGGGCAUCAGCUCAGUGAGCGCGGUGGCCGCGGCGGGAGGAGGCGCAGGCGGGCCGGCUGCGGCCGCGGCUGUCGCCGGAGGGGCUGCGAGCCGCUCUGCGCGGGCGGUGGGGCUGAGCGGCGCCCGGCGCUGGGCAGCGCGCGGGCGGUGCCGCCACAGGUGACUCGUGGCCCGGGGGCCGUUUUUCGUCCCGCUGCCGCUCAGCCGCCCCGAAGCGGUCCUGCCUCUGCGCCGCGGCCGCCUGCGCGAAGCUCUGUCUUCAGCCGCUUCGCUGUGCCUGCGCCACCGGGAGCGCCGGGGGACAUGGCUCUGCUCCGGCUUCUUCUCCUCUUGCUCCUCGCCCAGCGGGGGCUCGGGGCUGCCGCCGGCCAAGGGCAGGCGGCGCGCGGCCGGGAGCGGGUGCUCAGAGGAAAGCAGCCUAUUUACAACCACAUCAAGAGCCAGGAUCCUCCGCCCGCUCCGCGGAGCCGCUCCACGGAGAGCACCAUCUUGGCGCAGCGGCUCGCUGAGGAGGUGCCCCAGGACGUGGCCUCGUUCCUCUACACGGGUGACUCUCGGGAGCUGCGGCGUGCCAACUGCUCCGGGCGCUACGAGCUGGCCAGCCUCGCCGGCAAGUCGCGCUUCACCUCGCACCCCUCCCUGCACGGGGCCCUCGACACCCUCACCCAUGCCACCAACUUCCUCAACAUGAUCCUCCAGAGCAAUAAGUCGCGGGAGCAGAACUUGCAGGAGGACCUGGAGUGGUACCGCGCCUUGAUCAGGAGCCUCCUGGAGGGAGACCCCAACAUCUCGAGGGCAGCUAUCACCUUCAGCACGGAGCCUUUCUCCACGCCCCAGGUGUUCCUGCAGGCCAGCAGGCACGAGAGCCAGGUCCUCUUGCAGGACUUGUCCUCCUCGGCUCACCGCCUGGCCAACGCCUCUGUGGAGACGGAGUGGUUCCACGGCCUGAAGCGCAAGUGGAGGCCACAUCUGCACAGGAGGGUCUUAAACACGGGCCCCAAAACUUCAGAGAACAGCUGGAAGAGGCGGGAGAGCUUCACUGCAGACAAGAACCACAUCAGGUGGUCCUCGCCGUACCUGGAGUGUGAGAAUGGGAAUUACAAACCCGGCUGGCUGGUGACACUCUCGGCAGCUUUCUAUGGGCUGCGGCCAAACCUGCUCCCCGAGUUCAGAGGUGUUGUCAAAGUCGACAUCAACCUGCAGAAGGUGGACAUUGACCAGUGCUCAAGUGAGGGGUGGUUCUCGGGGACCCACAGGUGUCAUCUCAACAAUUCUGAGUGCAUGCCAAUUAAAGGCCUUGGAUUUGUGCUCGGAGCCUACAAAUGUAUUUGCAAGGCUGGAUUCUAUCAUCCCAACAUCUUCUCAGUGAACAGCUUUCAGAGGAAGGAAGCAGAGAAUCGCUUCACUGGUGGGGAACUGUCCGAGGAAGUCUACACCUGCCUGCCCUGCAGGGAAGGAUGUGCCUACUGUACAGACGAUAGCCCCUGCUACGCUCAGGAGGACAAGUACCUGCGGCUGGCCAUCAUCUCCUUCCAGACGCUCUGCAUGCUGCUGGACUUCAUCAGCAUGCUGCUAGUCUACCAUUUUCGGAAGGCAAAGAGUAUCAGAGCUUCGGGGCUGGUGCUGUUGGAAACCAUUCUUUUUGGAUCACUUCUUCUGUACUUCCCGGUUGUCAUUUUGUAUUUCGAGCCAAGUGUGUUCCGCUGUGUCCUCCUAAGAUGGGUUCGUCUUCUGGGCUUUGCCACUGUGUAUGGAACUGUGACGCUCAAGCUGCACAGGGUGUUGAAGGUUUUCCUGUCCCGAACCGCUCAGCGCAUUCCGUACAUGACAGGUGGGCGAGUGAUGAGGAUGCUGGCUGUUAUUCUCCUGGUAGUCUUUUGGUUUCUGGUUGGCUGGACUUCUGCAAUAACUCAAAAUCUGGAGAGAAACAUUCCACUCAUUGGCCAAGGGCAAACAUCUGACCACCUGAUCUUCAACAUGUGCCUCAUAGACCGCUGGGAUUACAUGAUGGCUGUCGCUGAAUUUUUAUUCCUCUUGUGGGGUGUGUAUCUCUGCUAUGCAGUGCGGACAGUCCCAUCAGCAUUUCACGAGCCACGUUACAUGGCUGUCGCAGUUCACAAUGAGCUCAUUAUCUCUGCUAUAUUCCAUACCAUUAGGUUCAUUCUUGCUUCAAGGCUUCAGUCUGACUGGAUGCUGAUGCUGUUCUUUGCACACACACACUUGACUGUGACAGUCACUGUUGGGCUACUUCUGAUCCCUAAGUUUUCACAUUCAAGCAAUAACCCAAGAGAUGAUAUAGCUACAGAAGCUUACGAAGAUGAGCUGGACAUGGGUCGCUCUGGCUCCUAUCUCAACAGCAGUAUCAAUUCAGCAUGGAGUGAGCACAGCCUGGAUCCUGAAGAUAUUCGGGAUGAGUUGAAGAAACUCUACGCCCAGCUUGAGAUCUAUAAAAGGAAAAAGAUGAUUGCAAACAACCCCCACCUGCAGAAAAAGAGAUGCUCCAAAAAGGGCUUAGGGCGCUCCAUCAUGCGGCGCAUUACGGAAAUCCCGGAGACGGUCACCAGGCAGUGCUCCAGGGAUGAGAAGGAGCUGCUGGAGAACAGCACUGUGAAGAGCGUGGCCACGCUGAGGAAAAACCCACCAGAUCCCACCGGUUCUGCCAAGCCAAAAGAGGAGACUUUGAAAAACAGAGUUUUUUCCUUAAAGAAGUCCCACAGCACUUACGAUCACGUUAGGGAUCAAACCGAAGAACCAAAUAGCUUAGGCACAGAGAGCGCCGAGGUUAUAGCUGCUGAGAAUUCCAUUCUGGACUCCCUGAAUGGGAGCAAACUAACCAAAAACACUCCUGAGAAGGUCGAAGCUGUCUCCACCGAGUCGGUCCCUCUGGUGUGCAAGUCUGCCAGCGCGCAUAACUUAAGUGCCGAUAAGAAGCCUCUGCAUCCCCGAACAUCCGUGCUGCAGAAAUCCCUCAGUGUUAUUGCUAGUGCCAAGGAAAAGACUCUGGGGCUGACAGGCAAAACACAAAGCCUAGAGGAAAGCUCUAAAGCUCAGAAACCUCAGCAGAAGGGGAAGGAGGCCAGCAAAAAGCACUCGGCCUCCGAGAAAGGGGAGCAUAAGGAUUCCCUCCGGAAGAACUCUACCCACUCUGAGGAAACAAAGAAAACCCAUAAGUCUGGAAUUAUUAAACAGCAGAGGGUGAGUCAAACACCUGCAAGUGCAGACACAGGCCCAGCUAAGUCUCUGCACAAGGACAAUUUCGACAUAGGAGAAGUUUGUCCUUGGGAGAUAUAUGACCAAAUUCCUGGUCCUGUGCCUUCUGACUCUAAAGCUCAAAGACAUGUGUCUAUUGCUUCCUCAGAGCCAGAGAAAAACCACCCUUCCCAGCCCAAGGGGAAGACUCAUCCUAAGCUGAAAUCACCCGAGGAGUAUCAACAGGCAAAUCAAAAGAGCCCAGAGAAGGUGGAGCCGGCUGCAGGGGAGACACCAGAGCAGCAGCUCUUGGAAAAGGAGAAAAAACAGUCCAAUUCCAAGGCUCAGGUCUCCCCUGGGCUGAAGGGCGAGCGUGUGAACAGCUGCACACCUAACACCGGUGCUGGGGAAGGAGCAGCAGAAAAAGAGAGCCUCACUAAACUGGCAGAGCAGAGAAGAAAUGCCUCGUCGGAGGGCAGUGUGCUCUCAGCCGACUGCCGUAAGCCAGGCGGUCCCCUACAGCAGCCUCUGGCAUCUCGGGCGGAGAUCUGCCCCUGGGAGUACGAGACAGCAGGGGCAGCAAACGCAGACCGGAGUGUAGCUUUACUGAACACCUCUGCUCUAAGCGCAAAUAAAACAGCAGCGCCGCGGAAAUAAGAGGCUUGCAGACUGAGGAGAGCAGCGAGGCUGAGAAGAAAGAUAACAGGAAAAGAAGGAGGGGGCUUAGGCCAAAAAAACAUAACCAAAACUAAACACAAAGGAGCUGAAAAUUCCUAAGGAGCAUCACUAAAAAACCCAAGGGAAAAACCAGCGCUACAAUUAAGUAGGAGCUAAGCAAAGUCAAAUUAUCCUUAAUGUUUGUUAUUAUUUCUUUGUUGAGUGCCAACAAUAUGAUUAGCAGUGCCCGCAGCAUGGCCCCUGCUGGGAGGAUGUGUCAGUGAAAGCAACCUGCCUUUGGGAAAUCACUUCUGCUUCCCAAGGGAACAAAGGCAACCAGGUGGUAACCGUGGCACAGCCCAGAUCUUAACCCAGCUAGUCCCGAAUGCCACAACUGGCUUCAGCCCACCCUUGGGACUUUAAAGAUGCAGCAGAAGCAGGGCACAGGGAAUGUCCUGCUGGCAAAAAGGGGGUACCCAUGAGCAGCUCUUUUAAAGGAGGCCACUCUUCCCUUGCUGUAUUUAAUCCAGGUAGCACUGCACCCACCCCAAAACCACAUUUUCUCUGAAAAUGAUUGCUCUGGUUUCUUUUUUCCUUAUUACCCUGUGUCGAAGUGCAUUGUUGUGUCCCAUACUGGAGCAUUCCAGAUUGUGUCAUUUUCUUCUUGCUUUUAUUGUUUUGCAGAGAACUUUUGCUGUUAUAUGACACAACAACAGCAGCUCCUUUAAAAUUGCAGCUUCAACCAACCUGCUGUAGGCCUUUCUGGUUAGAAUUGCAGUAAUCUUACACUGGAUCUACAGAAAUUUCCUAUCAGGAAAUUCCUUUGGGCUUUGGAGAUUUAUUUAUUUGGGGUUUGGGUUAUUUUUUCUUUUCUUUGUCUGUGAUUUAUGUGAUUUUUUUUGUUUGGUUUGGUUUGUUCACUCUCUGUUAUUUCAAUUUAUAGUUUGAUUCUGGGGUUUUCUAUGCACUGAGUUGUUUGUCAUGCAUUUCCCCCUUCAUGCUGAUGGACUUUGUUACUGGUGGAAAUCCAGUCCUCUUAGCUGCUUAUCCUGGCUAAGUCUUAGGACAACUGAUCUGUUGUUUGUUACUGAUGGGAAAAUAGCAUCUUAGCAAACAGUUCUUACAGUCACCAUCAGUGGUGGUAACCUUGUUCAGUGUUUCAUCCUGAGCACAGCCUGCUAAGAAAGGCAAGGAAGAAUGACAAGGAAUAUAGCCCUGAAAAGGUUGCUUUGUUCUGCUAAAACUGGGAACUAGAUGAGCCAGCUCAUGCAGAACACCACUGCAUUGCCCAGCCCUGUUGGCAGACCUCCAGAAAAUGGCCUUUUGGGUGAGGAGAGACAAACACUACUCUUCCCCUCCCCCAUAUAUGCAAUUGUAAGAGAGAGUGGGAAUGGGAAUGAGGGCAUAUCUCCCUCUCCCCCUCUCCAAAAUGCUUUCAUCAUUUUCUUAUUGUAAUUUAUUUAUGCAUCCAUUUGCAGUGAAAGUUAAGUGUCUGACACAGUGAUAGCUGCACUCCUCAUCCUCCACACCAACCUAGCUCAUAGAUGGCUCCUUCUCAGCUCUGAGUCUUAGCAAUGGUUCUCAACCAGGGCCUGAGGACACCUUGCAAAGAUUCUGAGGAGUAUCACUAAUAAUAAUGAUGGUGAUGAUGG